AUGACACCGUCUUCCACCCUUCCUCCUACCAACCUAAUCCGCUUCUUCAAGUUCCUAUCUUCUUCCCCAACACCACCAUCUUUUGAAUGGAUUCCAUAUAAUAGAUUGAAAUCAAUUUCCUACUUCGCGUCGGGUGAGUUUAGUUCUGUUGCGCGAAGCAUCUGGUUGGACGGAAGGAAGAUUGUCCGAAUAGAUAAAGAUGGGAACGAAUGCGUGGUUAGGGAGGGUGAGACAGAAGUUUGUGUGAAGAGAUUGGACGGAUGGAGAGGCGUCAUGGAGAAGGGAUUAAACAAGCUUUGUAAAGGACUGACAGCAUGUCCGAAUCAAACAUCUUACUACUACGGACUAUCAAUAGACCCCAUCACAAAUGACAUACUUUUAGUAAUGAAAUACUUUCCCCGUGGAGACCUAUGCUCCUUUCUCUAUUCUCCAAACCCAGAGACCAACCUUUCCUGGCUGAACCGCUUAAAAAUUAUCAGAUCCGUUGCAUCUGCGUUAGUAGACAUUCACAAGGCAGGAAUGGUACAUGGCAAUAUACAUCCCAAAAACAUAUUGCGUGACAAUAAUGGGAACGAGGAUAACUGGAUAUUGGGAGAUUUGGGGGCCGGGGGAGUUGAAGGAUGCGUGGACCAGGAGACUUGGGCGAGGGGGACCGAAAACGCAGCAGGAGAAGUAGAGACAUGCGAUAAUGCGAGCGGUGAUCUUUCUUUUAAACAGGAAAUAGAGUCUUCCGAAGACGAUAGUCUUUCACUUGACGACAGUGACCACUAUGCUUCAUGCUUAUCACUUUACGCGACACGUGACGAAAUGAUUGGAGUACUUCCAUACACUUCGCCUGAUAUUCUUCGCGGAAAUCACCCAUCUUCACACUCAGAUAUUUACAGCCUCGGUAUCCUAAUGUCUGAACUAGUUUCUCUCUUUCCGCCAUACUACUCUUCGUUAUUAUCACCCACUCUCACGCCCGAUAAUUUUCUUCUUGACAUUUGUGACGGAUAUCGUCCAAGAAUUCCUCCAUACACUCCGGGGUGCUUUAUCAAUCUAAUGAAGAAAUGUUGGUGUGAUCCAGCAUCGUAUAGACCAGGUGCAAGAGAGGUGUUUGAGAUUUUAGAUCGCUGGUGUAGAGAAGUAGAGGGAAACGGAGCUGUUGGUUGUGGUGAGCGCAACGUCUUAUUAGAAGUUGAACGGGGUGUCAACGGAAGCGUAGAGUAUGACAAAAUAAGGAAGAUGUAUGAGAGUAAGAAGAUCAAACUGACAGAGUUGAGUGAGAAUGAAUGGGAAGAUAAAACCGAGGGUCUGGAAAGUUUGGAUAAGAAUUUGGGCCUUUUAAACUAUUUUAACAGUAAUAAAACAUACAAAUCACCUGGCCAACAUGUCGCUCACUCUAACGAUUAUUUUCUAGCAUGGUUAGGAUUAGUGAAUGUGAAUUUCGUUGAUGCAUUGUACGAGAGUCAAACGGGAGUUAAUGACUGGCAUCAUCAAUAUAUUGGCACACCAACGAUUUCCUUUUUCCACAAGCUAUCAAACAGCAAAUUAGUCGCAUUAGUGGCUACAGAAAAGAGUGUUGUUGCCGCAUUAAAUCCAACAAAUGGCAACAUAACAUGGCGGCAGAUUCUCGACGAACGUGAGGAAAUAAUAGGCUUGAAAGCGGACAAAGACAAUGUUUUAUCUGUCUCGAUUGCUGUUGAUUAUAUCAUUCGUCUGUGGGACGGACUGUCGGGCAAAUUAUUAUGGGAGAAUAUAAUCAAAAAAACUGACGAGGCUACCAGACUAAAGAAGGCUGAUGUGGUUUUUUUGAGGAAUGAACCUUCAAUCGCAAUCUUGUUAGACAGUCUGACCAUGGUAAAGUUUGAUCUCAAUGACGGGAAGAAGGCUUGGGUCAACAAUAACGACCAUAAUAAGCAAACGAAAUUUGUGAGGAUUGUAGAUAAUGGCUUAAUGCUCAAUGCAGUCGCGCUAGUCAGACAAUCAAGCAGAUAUCUUUCUAUUCGAGUAGUAACUUACGGCUUAGUAACCGGGGAUGCGAUAAAGACUCUCGACAUAAAGUCUAGAGUUGAAGAUGAGAAACACGUAAUAGUUGUUGGCGGGGCCGAAGAUUUCAAAGCGUUCGUCAUAUGGACUGAAAAGCCAAAUAUGCGUGCCAAUCGCCUUGGUCGCGAUGAUAUAUCAACUGAAGCUUCGCUUGUGGGCCUGUAUAAUAGUGUUAUUCCGUCCUUCGCGGCGGCGGAUGGUCCGUUGGAAUUCAUUGAUUUGGAUGUAGGAACCAGGACAGAAUUUUUAGUAGAAGUUCCCACCAAGUACGGAACUGCCGCUGCUAUAUUAAAAAUCGAUACGGAAGGAGGGCGAUUUCUGGCACUUCAUGAUAUGAAUGAGAGGGAAGGAAAGUCGGUUUAUUCUGCCGCAUUUGAUAGUGAUGGGAAAAUACACAUCUCCAGAGUGUUCAACGAAGCAGCGAAAGGUGUCAAUCUCGAGAUAGUCCAAAUAUUCUCUCAUCAAACAAUUGUCAAUCGAGUAAUCAAGCAUUCUGUUGCCAAUUAUGGAUAUAUAACCUCUUCAAUUUUAUGCAUGUAUUGCAAUGAGCCCGGCACCAAAUAUCGUAUGAUUUUGUUAUCUGCAGAUGGCUCGAUUCAUUCAUGGAAGGAUUCAUCCAUAGCAUGGAAGAGAGAGGAACCUCUUACGCACGCUGUUGGCGUAGAAUUUGUAGAUUUACCAGAAAAAAAACUAUGGUCGCAAGAGGUUGACGAGCUUGAUGAGGAUGCCGACAAAAUCGAAACUAUUACACCAUUUAACCGAUAUAUUCGCCGAGUUUCCACACACCUUAAUCAGCUACGAGAUCUUUUGGAUAAUCUUAUCGCGCACAUUACCCGACUAAUUACCAAUGACAAGUCGGCUAUUGCCACGAAAAAGUCGGGAGAUUCCGCUAGUCUGCACAGAGACAUUUAUGGUUUCAGAAAAAUAUUGGUAUUCGUGACACCAAAAAAAAUUAUUGCGCUGGAUUCUGCUAGAAAAGGCGAGAUUGUCUGGACGCGAUACUUGAAUUACGCCUCCUUGGAGUUGCAAAAGAUUUUUGUAGUCCGUGCUGCCAUGAUCAAAUAUCCGCCAGUGAUUAUCGUAGUUGGGAAACAGGUUACAUCAGGAGGCGAGAUUGAGACACGCUUGUUCCGGUUGAAUGCGUUGACUGGAGGAGAUUUUGAACCCGAGUAUAGAAAUGACUUUCCAGCAGAUAUUUCGCUACCACUAAAUUCUAUAAAGACUAUUAAGCUACCCAUUGAAGAGCCUAAUGAAAGAACGCAUAUUCUCGCAUUGAUUGAUGCAAAACGUCAGGCGACAGUCUUUCGAACGUUUGCAAAGUCAUUUUAUUUUACGUUGGAAAGGGAGAAUGGGCUGAGCGGUUAUAAAGUGUCGGACAACGAAUUUGGCAAGACCAUUACGGCAAAUGAGAUUUGGUCAAUAACAUUUCCUAGCGAAACAAUCGCCUCUGUCGGACAACGCCCUUUACACGAAAAAGUCUCCUCCCUGGGUCGCGUUCUAGGAGAUCGAUCAGUAUUAUACAAGUAUUUGAACCCACAUCUGGUUGCCAUAGCAACUUUUUCUUCAACAGACCCCAAGUCCUUGAGUAUUUACUUGAUAGAUAUUGUCAAGGGUUCGAUUCUGUAUCAUGCUGUACAUGCAAAUGUCAGUCCGAUACAUCGAGUGUUUUUGAUUCAAGUCGAAAAUUACAUCUUGUACCACUUUUGGAGUAAUGGGGAUCCGGUGAAGGGAGACGGAAAAGGCUUCCAAGUAGUCGUCUGUGACUUGUACGAGAGCGAACAUAAGAAUGAACGAUUUGAGAGUGCCAACUUUUCCUCAUUUUCGCACGAGAGACCGUACGUUGAUACUAAAGCAUUCAUGUUUCCACAUGGAAUAAAUGCUAUUGGCGUGACGACUACAAAGAAUGGGAUCACAACGCGGGAAUUUCUAUUUGCUACAAAGACUGACCAAGUCUACGGCAUUGCCAAACGGGUUCUGGACGCACGCAGACCAACUCGUACGCUUACUGCUGAAGACAAGGAAGAAAUGUUGAUUCCCUAUGAUCCUGCCAUUCCAGAUAACAGAAAAUCUAUGCUGAGCUAUUACUUGACGGUUGCUGGUAUUCGCCACAUCACUACGUCUCCCGCUCUACUAGAAUCGACUUCUCUUGUUCUUGCUUACGGACUAGACAUAUGGUUUACGAGAGAAGCGCCUUCAAAAACGUUUGAUGUGUUAAGUGAAGAUUUCAGUAAGGAGACCUUAGUCACGACAAUUGUUGCGCUAUUGAUUGGAAUUGCUGUUACUAGACCAAUUGUCAACCGAAGGAAGAUCAAUGCUCGUUGGUAUUAA